AACACAAUUUCUCGGCCAAUUUGUUCUUGGUGAGUUUCUCGAUCUGUCAUUAUACUUCGAGAAGUAGAAAGAGUUAUAAUAUUCCUCAUCCAUGAAUGAAUUACAGUCCCCCUCAAGUGGUCCUCUCAUGGAUAGAAUAGAGCAGUCCAUUGAGCUACCUGAGAAGUCCCGUGUUGAGCCCUCCGUGGACGGAAUUGUGGACGAGAAGACGCAUAAAGAGAAGGAGUCCAGCGUUUUGACUUCACUAGUAACCAAUGGUUGUGUUGAUUUUCGGGGGAGAACUGCUGACAAAGGAAGAACUGGAGGAUGGAAGGCCUCACCAUUCAUCAUAGUGAAUGAGGUGGCUGAGAGGUUAGCAUUUUUUGCGAUAGCGGUGAACAUGGUGUCUUACCUAGUCUUGGAGAUGCAUCAGUCAAUACCUAAUGCUGCAACUCAUGUGUCGGAUUGGAUUGGAGCCGCCUAUGUUCUAACCAUUGUUGGAGCAUUCCUUGCUGAUGCUUAUUUGGGCCGCUUCUUGACCAUCAUCAUCUUCUCUGGCAUAUAUGCCGCGGGAAUGGUUCUGCUGACACUCUCAGCCUCCAUAGACAGCUUACGCCCACCUCUGUGCACUGCAAAGCCAUGCAUACCGGCCACCAACCACCAAACCACCUUCCUCUACUGCGCACUAGGCCUCAUAGCACUUGGAACCGGCGGAAUCAAGCCAUGUGUGUCAUCCUUCGGGGCUGACCAAUUCGACGAAGCCGACGAAAAAGAAGUUCAAAAGAAGUACACAUUCUUCAACUGGUUCUUCUUUGCCAUCAACAUGGGUGCUCUCUUAGGUAUCACCCUCCUGGUGUAUGUGGAACAAAAGAAAGGGUGGACAUGGGGGUUUGCAGUUCCGACGGCGGUGAUGUUGGGGUCCAUCAUCAUCUUAGCUGUGGGCAUUCCAUAUUAUCGUUACCAAAAGCCAAUGGGAAGUGCUUUUACUAGGUUUCUUCAAGUCCUUGUUGCCUCUCUGAAAAACCAUAGUAGAGGGGUUGAAGUUGGAAGUCAUUUUGACCUUUAUGAGGUCAACACUAAAGAAUCUGAUAUUUUUGGCGCCCGAAAGCUUUCUCACACUACGCAAUACAGAUUCUUGGACAAAGCAGCUGUCAUUGCAGAUCCUGAGCAAGCCAACACAAACAACCGUUGGAAGCUAUGCACAGUGACACAAGUUGAAGAAUUCAAGUCCUUCAUUAGAGUCCUCCCAGUAUGGGCAUCAACAAUAGCACUCUCCAUUUCCUUCUCUCAACUCUCAACCUUCUUCAUCAGCCAAGCCACCAUCAUGGACCGAAAGCUCAGCCCGGACUUCGUCAUCCCCACAGGCUCAGUCCCAGUCUUCUCCGCCAUCAACGCCCUCAUCCUCGUCCCCAUCUACGAAAUAAUAAUGGUUCCCGUCCUCCAACGAUGGACAGGUCACCGCCGUGGCAUCACAUCACUGCAACGCAUGGGCGUGGGCCUGUUCGUGUCCAUAUUUGCCCUAGCUUCGGCAGCAGUGGUGGAGAAGAGACGCCGCGACCAUUAUCCUAAGCCAUUUACCAUGAGUGUCUUCUGGUUGUUUCCUCAGUACUUCCUCGUGGGAAGUGCUGAAGUGUUCACUUAUGUUGGACAGUUGGAGUUUUUUUACGAUGAAGCGACGGAUGGGACUCGAAGCCUUAGCAAUGCAAUGUUUCUGAGUGAGAUAGGGAUUGGGAGCUGGUUGAGCACUGCAAUUGUGAAGAUCAUCCAAGCGACGACGGGCGGGGAAGAGAAAGGGUGGCUGAGGAAUAAUCUUAACAAGAGCAAGUUGGAUAACUUCUACUGGAUAUUGACAGGGAUUAAUGGAGUCAACUUCUUAAUAUACUUGUGGGUUGCUGUGAGAUAUAAGGGGAGAGAUGGUUUUAGUAAUUACACUGUAAGAAAUGAAGCCAUGGUUGAGUUGGAUGGUCAAGGUAGAACCAAGGAUCAUGAUAAAGGUCAAUUUCAGAGCACGGUCUUGUGAAUGAGGUUUUAGGAGUGAAAAAAAUAAAUAUAAAAUAAAAUAAAAU